AUGACGGAUGUCAAGGUCGUGCCAACGAUGGCGGCGCAAAAGUACGCCGUGCAAGAUCAGGGGAUGAAGCGGGGAUCGUCGGCGCAGCUCGUGACCAAGAGCAGUGUCGCCGAAGCGGCCAAGGCGACCAAGGAGCCGCGCAACUACUCGUACAGUGCCUUGAUCGCAUACAAAGUCGACACGUUCAUUUCGACCCGUCGCGGACAAACCAUUUCGCUCGUCACGUUUGGCAGUGUGUUUACGUUGAUCAUGGCGUUGAUCAUGUUUUCCGUCGGCGACGAAGAAAUGCUCGACUUUGACGAAGCGCUGUGGAAUUCGUGGAUGUACAUGACGUUUCCAGGGGCGCAGCGAGACGCCAAUGGAUGGAGCCACCGCGCGAUUGCCAUGUUCGUCUCGAUCAUUGGGAUCUUAUUCUUUGCCGUGAUUCUUGGGUUUGUCGUCGACAGCGUGCGGGAAAAGAUGGACAGCUUGAAGAAAGGCAAAAGCCAGGUUGUAGAGGAAAACCACACGUUGCUCCUGGGGUGGACAGACAAGUCGGUCUACCUCAUUCGCGAACUCUGUCGCGCGAACGAGAGUGAAAAGGGCGGCGUCGUCGUCGUGCUGGCCGAAAUGGAGAAAGAAUACCUUGAAGCCGAGUUGCACUCGCAAAUGAGCAGCGAAGAUUUUCUCGGGACCAAGGUCGUGUUCCGAUCGGGGAACCCUCUCCUCAUCAUCGACCUGCUCAAAGUGUCCGCACACACCGCGCGCAGCAUUGUUAUCAUGGCAACGCUGGGCGAUGCCGACAAAUCCGACGCGUCCGUGCUUCGGAUCAUCCUGAGUCUCUUGGGCCUUCCUUAUCUUCGAGGACACAUUGUCGCGGAGGUGCGCGACAUUGACAACGAGCCCUUGAUUGCGCUAGUCGGUGGGGGAGUCGUCGAGACGUUGGUCUCCCACGAUGUGAUCGGCCGCCUUGUAAUCAUGUCUGCGCGUUCGCCAGGCCUGGCCAAAGUGUUUAGCUCGGUACUCGGGUUCGAAGGCAACGAGUUCUACAUCAGCGAAUGGCCACAGUGCGUGGGGGUACCGUUCGGCCAGCUACCGGAGCGAUUUAGGGCCGCCGUGCCCAUUGGAAUCGAGACGACUGACGGGGACGUUCAAAUCAAGCCCGACCCAACACGCCCAAUGGAGGCUGGGGAAAGCAUUGUUUUCUUGGCAGAGGAUAAUGACACUUACAAGGCUGAAGAGACCGCGAUCGCGAUCCCGACCACGCCGCCGCAUGCUUUGGUCACAUCCGAACGCCAGCUCGAGAAGAUUCUCAUGUGUGGGUGGCGGCGCGACAUUCGCGACAUGAUCAAGCUUCUGGACGACCUCGUGCUGCAAGGGUCCGAAGUCCACUUGCUGUGCGAAGAUCCCCCCAUCGAAGAGCGCGACAAGCAGCUAGUCGAGAGCGGCAUGGACCUGAGCACCCUCGUCAACAUCGAGCUGAUCCACCAAUUUGGGAACUCAGCUAUUCGACGGCACGUGGACCAGCUUCCACUCGAAAACUACACGAGUGUGAUGGUGCUGGGCGACCAGUCGCGCGAAAUGGACAUUCUCCACUCCGAUUCACAUUCGCUCAGCACGGUGCUCCUCCUUCGGGGGCUGCAGGCGGCGCGUAAGCGGCGGAUGCGGCGCCGCCUCUUCAACGAAACCGUCGACAUCGGGCUCACCAAGUGGAUGGGCAACAGGGACGAACACAUCUCGCAGUGCCCGUGCAUCACCGAGAUUCUCGAUCCGCGCACGCAAAAGACCAUCGCGAGCAACAAAACGAUUGCGAGUCACUCGGAAUUUAUCCAGUCGAACGAACUCGUGAGCUGCAUGUUGGCUAUGAUCUCGGAGAGCCGCAAAGUCAAGAAGAUCCUGAACGACCUCCUCGGCGCCACGGGCUGCUCGUUUCAGGUCGAACCGAGUGUCCGGUACUGCGACCCGACCGAGUCGCUCAGCUUCUUUCAAGUCGCCAAGCGAGCGCUUGUCCACGAUGAAGUCCUGUGCGGCUACCAGGGUCGCGCCGCGUCCGACAGCACUGUCCUGAAUCCGUCCGACAAAGAUGUGGCGCGGACGUGGAAGGAUAUCGACUUCGUCAUCAUUCGAGGAAGCCGUACACGCGAGGUGGCAAAUGAGAAGCUGAUCGACUCUGGCGCCGAAGCCUUUCAGGACGCUGCCCGCCACCGCCACGUGGCGGACCUGGUCGAGAAAAAUCACGUCGAGCAGGUGCAAGAGGAAAUCGCGAAGUCGCUGCAAGUGGGUUUCACCAGCGCGGACAACAGGGUCGUGGAAGUGACCAAGGAAGUGUUGCAGCGUUUGUCGGUCAAGCUGUCCGUGAUUCUGAAAGAAUGCGAGCAACACAAGGUGGCUUAA